CCCCUCGCGGCUCCGCCCCCAUGUCUCGGCUCGCGGGCUUGGCGGCGCUCGGCCCGGUCCUCCGCACUCUUCGGCCUGGUUCUGCCGCCGCCAUGAGCACGGGCACUUUCGUCGUGUCUCAGUCGCUUAAUUACCGCGGCGGGGCCCGCGUGGAACCGGCGGACUCCUCCGGCACCGAGAAGGCGUUCGAGCCGGCCACGGGCAGAGUGAUAGCUACUUUCACAUGUUCAGGAGAAAAAGAAGUAAAUUUGGCUGUUCAAGAUGCAAAGGCUGCCUUUAAAAUAUGGAGUAAAAAAUCUGGCAUGGAGCGUGGUCGAAUCCUUUUGGAGGCUGCCAGGAUAAUAAGGGAGCGGAGGGAUGAACUCGCUGUCAUAGAGACCAUCAACAACGGCAAGUCCAUCUUUGAGGCCCGCUUGGACAUUGACUCCUCCUGGCAGUGCCUGGAGUACCACGCAGGCUUGGCUGGGUCCAUGGCUGGCGAACACAUCCAGCUCCCAGGCGGAUCCUUCGGUUAUACCAGAAGGGAGCCCCUUGGUGUCUGUGUGGGCAUAGGAGCGUGGAACUACCCCUUUCAGAUCACCUGCUGGAAGUCUGCGCCGGCUUUAGCGUGUGGUAACGCCAUGGUCUUCAAGCCGUCUCCCUUCACGCCCGUGUCUGCCGUGCUGCUGGCGGAGAUCUACACGGAGGCCGGCGUGCCGCCCGGGCUCUUCAACGUGGUGCAGGGGGGCGCCGCCACGGGCCAGGGCCUGUGUCAGCACCACGACGUGGCCAAAGUCUCCUUCACUGGCAGCGUGCCCACCGGCAGGAAGAUCAUGGAGAUGUCGGCCAAAGGAAUCAAGCCUGUCACCUUGGAGCUGGGAGGCAAAUCUCCGCUGAUCAUCUUCUCAGACUGCGACCUGGGGAAUGCCGUGAAAGGGGCGCUGAUGGCCAACUUCCUCACGCAGGGCGAGGUUUGUUGUAAUGGCACAAGGGUGUUUGUACAAAAGGAAAUUCUUGAUAAAUUUACAGAGGAAGUAGUGAAACAGACCCAAAGGAUAAAAAUUGGAGAUCCCCUUCUGGAAGAUACAAGGAUGGGUCCCCUCAUCAACCGGCCACACCUGGACCGAGUCCUCGGGUUUGUUAAGCUGGCAAAGGAGCAGGGUGCUAAAGUGUUAUGUGGUGGAGACCCGUAUGUACCGGAAGACCCCAAAUUAAAGGGUGGAUAUUACAUGAGACCUUGUGUACUAACCAAUUGCAGAGAUGACAUGACCUGUGUGAAAGAAGAGAUCUUCGGACCAGUCAUGUCCAUUUUAUCGUUUGACACUGAAGCCGAGGUUCUGGAAAGAGCCAAUGAUACCACCUUUGGCCUGGCUUCUGGUGUUUUUACCAGGGACAUCCAGCGUGCUCACAGAGUGGUGGCUGAGCUUCAGGCAGGGAUGUGCUUCAUUAACAACUAUAAUGUCAGCCCGGUGGAGCUGCCCUUUGGUGGAUAUAAGAAGUCAGGGUUUGGCAGAGAGAAUGGCCGUGUGACAAUUGAAUAUUACUCACAACUGAAGACUGUAUGCGUGGAGAUGGGUGAUGUGGAAUCUGUGUUUUAAAAACGUGCAGCGAAGCCAGUCAGCACGGCAGGCUGUGGAAUAAUGAGUCUGCUUUCUGCAUAGAGGCAGUUCAACUACAUACCAUUUAAUUCCAGAAUUUUGAUCAGUCAGGAUAAGAGAAGGGUUCAGUGUUACUCUUCGUCUCUCAGUAAUCUUACUAAUUCAGGAUGUGCAUAAGUGCCUUUUACCUGCCAAUCAAGAAAGUUGUGUUUUCCUCAAAGCAAAUUUCUGUGAAAUCUUUACAAGCUAGUAACACACUCGAGAACAGAGAGGGGCCCGGCUUGUACUUCUUCCAGACUGGACCCAGGGCCAGUGCUCCUUGUCUGGCUUACGGUAAACAGCUUGUUCCUGGUGGGACUUGUCAUUCCAUUGGAAAAGCUGACAGUUGGCUUAGGGAAGGGGAUUAGGUAACAGACAGGGACAGAUUCUGCAUGAAUGUCAAUGUGCCAGACCAGGUACUGUUUCCCCUUGGGCUGUGGUGAGGAAGCAAAGGACCCCAGCACCCCUUCUCCAGUCCUUGACGUGCAGCGAGCUCUUUAUGUGAGGAGAAUUACCUUUUAAAUGUACAAAUUGCAUGCUACUGUAGUGCACUGAAAUGAAAUAAAUCACACUGUUAAUCUUU